GUGACUGAGAGAACAGUUCAGAAAGAACAGGAAAUAUGGCAACUGCCCAGAAGCAAAGAACCUCUCUGAGUGCAAUAAUAUUUCCCAACAAAAUAUCAACUGAGCAACAAUCCCUAGUAUUAGUGAAAAGACUGCUGGCAAUAGCUGUAUCCUGCAUUACCUACCUAAGAGGGAUAUUUCCAGAAAGUGCAUAUGGAACAAGAUAUAUUGAUGACCUCUGUGUGAAAAUACUGCGGGAAGAUAAAAACUGCCCUGGCUCCAGUCAGCUGGUGAAAUGGAUGCUGGGAUGCUAUGAUGCACUGCAGAAAAAAUAUCUCAGAUUAAUCGUCUUAGCGGUCUACACCAACCAGGAAGAUCCUCAGACUGUUACAGAGUGUUACCAAUUUAAGUUCAAAUACAGCAAUCAAGGACCAUCUAUGGAUUUCACAAGUAAAAACAAUGGAAGUAAUUCCAACAACACGUGUACAAGUACUAAGAAAGCUAGUAUCCUAAUGAUACGAAAGAUUUAUAUCCUGAUGCAGAACCUGGGCCCUCUGCCUGGUGAUGUCUGUCUGACGAUGAAGCUGUUCUAUUACGAUGAAGUUACACCUCCUGAUUACCACCCUCCAGGAUUCAAAGAGGGCCAUUGUGAAGCAGUGGCAUUCGAGGGGGAGCCAAUGUACCUAAGCGUUGGUGAGGUUCCAACCCCUUUUCAUACAUUGAAAGUUAAAGUGACGACGGAAAAAGAUCGAAUGGAGUGCAUCGAUGCAGACUUAUUAAGGCAAGGGAAGGCAUUGACUUCCACAAAACCACAGCAUCUUGAUAAAGUGGAUGAAGAUUUUAUUGCAGAAAACAGAAUGAGGGAGCAGAAAAACACACACAGGGCUCCUCAUACUAAAGAACUUAAUUUAGUGUGUGAAGAAGAUGAAGACAUGAGGAUAGAAGAUAGCCAAACCCUCUCCAUCAAUAGUUCUCAGGUGGAACAUCUAAUUAAUAAGACAUCAGAACUUGAAGUAGCUGAGGGAAAGACCCGAAGUGGAAGGAGGUUUAAAGGCAACACAGGUGACGAGGGAGGCAGCAACAAAAAUCAGUUAGCAGCAAAGUGUCCCAGAGAAACCCAGAAGAGAAGAAACUCAGAACCGGGCAAGCCAGUUUAUCAUCUUGAAUUCUCUUCUGGUGAAGACUCAGUUCCCAAACGGAGCAAAAUUAGUGAACCAAAAGAGUGGAUUUAGAUAUUGCCUUCCAAAUGUUUAUUAUUUCCCGUUUCCCCCCUCCCUAGAAUGUUUUUCUCAUUAUACCUGGUAUUUUGGUGU